AUGUUAAUAAUUUAAAGAAAUUUAGUUAACAACUUAACCUAGUUAUGGUUGAACCGUUCCUUGAUCUCUGGGUUCUACUAAAUAAAUUAUGUGGCCUCUGGGUACAAGAAUUGGCAGACGUGAGCUGGGUGGGUACCUCGCACAUUUGUGGCUGCAGAUUUAAUAAAACCCAGCAGAGUCUUGAAGCAAGCUUUAGCAAUGUAUUAUAUAUGCCCUUGUCUCUCCAUGAAAAGCUGGUCAAAUAUUAGGACUAAACCCACCCCAGACCCAACGACCCCAUCCAAUUGUAUUGGUUAGUUAAGUGUUUGUAUAUAUUAAUUACCAAGUCCGCUAUGCAUCCGUCACCAAGAUGGAGCUGGUUAACCAACAUGUCCUACAAAGCCUUAAGCUCCCAGUCCCACUCCUAGCUAGCAGCUUCAAGGCUAGACACAUAUACCUUGCUACUAAUGAUAUAUAAAACGCCACAAAACAGAAGAUUUUCUUCAACUGAUCAUCAAAAAAUCCUAUGCACCUCUUGUUCUCUCUCUCUCUCUCUCUCUCUCUCUCUCUCUCUCUCUCUCUCUCUCUCUCUCUGUGCCUUCUAAGAGUAGUUUGAAUUAGUUUCAGUAGUCAUCUUUUGAGCUUGACCCUUUAAUUAUAAUUAUAAUUCAUGGGUAAUUCCAUCUCGCACAAGCAAUUACAUGCCAGCGCCACCGGAAAAGUGAUAUUGUCGAAUGGGUCGGUGCAUCAGUUCAACAAGCCCCUAACAGUUGCUGAGCUCAUGCUAGAGCACCCACAACAAGUGGUUGUCGAAUUCGGAGCGGCUGUCUCCGAAAAAAGGCCAACCCCAUUGCCUGCGGAUAUGAAGCUAGACAAGAAAAAAAUUUACUUAAUGCUGCCAAUGAAGCGAGGGAAACCAGUCUCUUUGUCAUCCCAAGAGAUUCACGGUGCUGUUUUAAGUGCAAAUUUGGUUUUGCGAUCAAGGUCACUAUUGUCAUCUUCAAGGUUUUUACCUUUCUUUGCUAGGAUAUGCCCAGCAGGCCAUCCUGGACAAGCUUGUGCUCUGCCAAACAAGGAAUCUUGUGCGGAGAGGACGUCGAAUUCGAAGUACAUGCCACAGUUUGAUCUGCCGGAAGAUUUGGACGCGAGACCAGAAUAUUUGAGUAGGCAGUUUUCAGGCAAGGGGACUUGGAAACCAAAUUUGGAUACCAUUAAGGAGAAGAAGGUUGACAAGAAGAAAUCUCAUUGGUUAUUUUGAACUAAUAAGAAAGAUCCAUUUUAGUGAUGAAGUGCCAAGUUUGUAGUAUUUCGAUUUCGACUAUGCUGCAUCUGCAUCUGCAUGGCAGGCCUUGUGAGACAAUGGGCAAGGAAAUUAAUUAAGAAUGUUGUUGGAACUAAGCA